AUGCGACGCUCCAUCCUCACUCUUAUUUUCGGCAUCUUUGUUCUCUACGCUCUUCCAAUCUAUGCCCAAACAUACGUCUCUUCCACCGUGUGGAUUGUGCCGGAUGGUAACACUGCAGACCUCUCUAAAACCUAUACCGAGGGCAUAACGCUUCAGGUUACUUGGAAUCCAGUCCCAGAGGGUUAUCAAUUUCAAACUCUGUCCAAUCUGUGGGUUACGACCUGGGAUUAUGAGAUAACACAAUUCAGCCAGCUGCUCACAGAGAAUGUGAAUACAAUUAAUAAUGGCACGUAUGACUGGACAAUCACAAUACCGACGAGCAUUCUGAGUAGAGAUGCAAAAUAUGUCCUGCGAUUCAAGGAUCUCAAUUCAAAAUAUAAUUCUAGCUCCCAAGAAAUAUCAAGUACUGGAUUCUUAGUCAUUAAUGGAGCCUCUUCAUCAACUUCGACAGCAUCUGCUACUCCGAUACGCUCGACCCAGAUAUCUUCGUCGGCCUCUAGCACAGCUACCACCAGCGCUUCGGCGACACAAUCUGUAAUCUCAACUACAUCAGCCACACCCGCAUCCAUACCCACCUCUGAGGGAAGUGGUCUGAGUGGAGGCGCAAAAGCCGGGAUUGCCGUGGGUUCUGUAGUUGUAGCUUUCUCGAUUGCUGGGCUGGCAUUUCUUUUUUUCAGGCGGCAACGCCAUGCUCAACGUUCCUCUACGGAACCUUCAACAGAGCCUCCAACCUACUAUGACCCGCCAAAAAAAUACUUCAUUAGAAACACGAGCAACGUGAUAGCUGAGAUUGGGGGCCCUGAGAGAGCUGAAUUGCAGGGCAGCUAG